GUCAGUUGUGCCGCGGGGCGCGUGUUGUCGCGAUGUUUCUGUCGCGUCGUGCUGUCGUGUUGCUGUCGCUGUGUUGUGUUUGUUGUGACGAGGACCUGGGAUACACUCUGACCAUCGGCAAUGCUAUUGACGUGUUUGCCAACUACGGUGACCUGUCCCAGGUGACGCAGGUGGUGUCAGCAGACUACGAUGACAACGAGGGCUCGGAACCCUUCAGGGAGAAGAACAUCAGACUGUUUGAGAACAUCAGCAGCCGCCAGACGCCGGGGGAUUCCCACUUCGACAUGAACAUACAGCUGUGCGAGACCUUCGAUGACUUAUUGGCAGUGUACUUCAAGAACUUCAAAAUAGAAGGUACAGACAAACCAUGGAAGGCUUUCUUAGGAGAUUGGAUACUGGACGAGAUCAUGCGGACUUUCGGUAUCGAGUACGACGCGCGGCCUGACAACUGCUGCUACGUGCUCGUGAAGUUGACCAAGGUCCACACUGCGGUGCAGGUAGAGUCAAUGGAACGAGUCCGCGUGCGGGAGUACGUACAGCGCGCGGUGAACAGCCUCAACGUGAGCGACGGCGUCGCGAUCAGACAGUUCAUGAAGAGCUACGGCACGCACUACAUCGAGUCCUUCGCGACCGGCAACUUUAUAUACCAGGUGUUUAAGUACAAGCGGUCUGGGUACAACCGUCUGAAGGCGUACAUCAGGCUGCGGGAGAAACACCAGAUCAACUCCGACAGUCUCAGGUUCUACUUCUCCUCGUACUUCCUCAAGCAAGUCGGAGAUAUCCGAAUAGCAAGCGGCAACAAAGUAAUAGAGGAGUGGGCGCGAGACAAUCUCAGAGACAGCCAGUAUCUUUUCUCACGACCGAGUCUACUCCGACUGCACUUCAACCCAAUACUGGCGUUCAAACUCAACGAAAUGCUGGACAACGGAGCGCUCCUAUCGUUGAGUUUGAGAACACUCAAACCGCUAUUCAAAGACGAAUACAAAGGAAGGGUAUUUGCGGAGUACGUGGAAAACGAUAUGAGGCUAUGGGAAAUCAAUGCUUAGAUUUGAAAUUUUGUAGAAAGAAUGACAUGGAGUUAAUUUUCAAGAUGCAGGUACGGUUAAAUAGUCAAUACUUAUGACGAGAGUAUGAAAGAAAUACAAUGGUGAGAAUUAUAAUAAUAGAUUUUAAAUUUUUAAUGUUGGUGAAAUAUUUACUUAAGUUCACCAAUAGAUGGCGUAACGUUCAUAUAGUACUAAGGCCGGUAUAAAUAGUCAGUACUUAA